UCAGCCAAUGCAUCAGCCUGCAGCUCAUCUGGGCAUCCACUCGUACUUCCCACCUGCUUCAAUUCCUCGCCUCUCUCUGCUCCUCUGCUGGCUCAUCCCUCCUUUUCCUUCCCUGCCUUGCUUCCCCUUCUCCCUCCCUUUCACCCGCGCCUCAUCCUCCUCAUCCUCAAGCCACCAUGGUGAACAGAUAACCGCCCGGCCGUCCUGACACCAUGGGCACCUGCCUCUGCAAAGGUCACAAAGAGCUCCACUAUCCCAUGACUGCACGGCAAGACCAGACUGAGGAGGUACAGCCGUCCUCUGUCAAGGAUGGCCAGAACCCGUCCAACUGCAGUGUGUCAGAUAAAAGCAACGGCUAUGAUAUCGGCGAGCUGGCCACCUCCUCUUUGAUGGGUUUGGUGGCCACAAUAAAGGAGCAUAUCACUAAGCCGACUGCGAUGGCACAGGGGCGAGUUGCUCACCUAAUUGAGUGGAAAGGUUGGGGUGGAGGCAGCGAGGCCAGGGGAAGCGGGGGCGGUUGGAGCGGGAACUGGGGUAAAGGCGGCGGAGGCUGGGGGGGUGUGGGGACCGAGCUGCAUGAGGAUGAACAAUUCUACUCCCAAAUGACGGAUGAAAUCAAGGAAGCUCGCUUCGCUGCAGGAGUAGCAGAGCAGUUUGCCUUGGCAGAGGCGUCCAUGAAUGUGUGGUCCCUGAAUGACAGCUUAGAGCAGCCCUCCACCAGUUUACAAGCUGCACAAAGCCACUUCUUGUCCCAGUUCCUGCUGGAUGGUGGAAGCGUCAGCGUUCCUCAGCACCUGUACAGCAUCCACGCCCAGACUUAUAGUGACAACAGGGCGGCCAACUUGGUCUGUCCGCCAGUGGUCCACACCAUUUCCCCGAUGUCCAACACCCAGCAGGACAGAUAUCGUCCCCUCGAUAACAGAAGCACUGCGACUGCGGAGGCUGCUGUCCGACACGUGGACAGCAGCUCGCUAUCCGAGGAUGACGUUUUUUAUAACUAGGCUAAACAGGAAAGCGAGCCAGCAAUCUUGAUGGCAAUCUCUAAAAUGAGCCCUACUGAGAGGACUUGAGUCCCAUCCACCAGCAAUGGCUGACCCAAAACAUAAAGGCAAAUGGCUGGCAUGGGGAGGUUUCAGCGCCUGGUCCUCAGAUACAAAGACUCCAAAUUGUAUUUUCUCCCAUGUUGAGGCGUGUACUUUUGUGAAUGUACAUAGUUCCAUUGUUCAUUUUUAUUUUUAUUCAGCAUACAACAAAACACUAAAGCAGCAUAGAGUAUAGAAAAUAACAUGAAAUAAAUUGAAAAUAUGUCUUCUUUGAGGUUUGUCAGCUGACUCUAGAGAGAAGAAGAAGUCUGUUGUAAAGGAAGCGUAAACCCAAUUAUCUGUCUGGGUCUCGACUAUGAUUAGCUAAUAUUCACACUUUUUCAUUCAGGUGAAUAUUGGUGUUGCUAUCAGCUGGCCAAUAAACGUUUUUGAUGGUAUUACUUGGGGGUGCCAAUUCUAGACAUUUAGACCUUUAAAGACAAGGUAGACUGACUGUGAGUUUAAGUGAGCCACUAGCCAACUCCAUCACAACAAGAUGUUGAUACAACUUUGUCUAAUUAGGUAAUAUGUGUUUGGUGGAUAUGUGACAGUUCCAAUGACGUUUUAAUGGUCUGCAAGGUGAUUUUCAUAGUGUAGUGAAAUAAAUAGAAACCAAAGACUGCAUGGAGGGUAAAAAGCCAAUCUCAAACUCUCAAAAAUGCAUCAACAUUGUGUUAUUUGGUGUACAAACAGUUUUAUAGGCUUUUGUUUUCAUCCCCACAUAUUAUUCAGGGUAGACACACUUUUAAUAUUGCUCUGUUACAAAUUGAGGGUCAGGGAAUGAGAUAGUCUGCUAUCGCCUCAGUGGACGAGACCCUGCUAUUUUCAAUAAAAGACAAGACAAUAACCUCUAAUACAUGUUAAGAAGCCUCCAGCGGAUGAUAGUUUUGUUUGUAUGCAAACAUUGUUACCUUUGGGCAAUGAAGAAGUGAUAUUAUUACCAGAGCCAGGCUUGUGUCACUGCUAAUCAAGAAAGAGAUGGAUUCACGUUUGCUUAAAAUAAAAGUAAGGCCAAGGGAUGAGCUUAUUUCCUGUGUGUUGCUGCUUAGAUUUCUUUGGCCAAGUCUUCUAAUAUUUUCUUCAUCUGGAGGAGAAAAUAGAGAAAGAAAUGUGGAGAGAGGGAAGAGACAGCUUUGAAUUCGUAUAUAGCCAUUUUGUCUCCCGACACCCAAUUACAAAUGCAAAUGGUCUUGUUUCCAAUGUGUAUAUGGACGAGACAAACGCCCAAAGAGGAACCAAACAAACUCAAGCUGUGUGUGUCAUUAAGAAAACAUUGAGUAUUAUAUUUGUGGCUGUUAGUGAGUGUGAAUACACACAUAACACACAAACACGUAUUACCUCUGGCCAUGUGAUGAUCCCGACCAGCCUUCCCUUGUCUGCGACAAACAAGGUCUGAACUCCAACCAGACUCAGGAUACCGUGGGCCUUAGAGGACGCAAAGGAAAGGGAUUAGAAGUAAAAGUUGCUCACCAUUUUGGGAAAUGUGAUUAUUCACUUUCAUUCAAAGAGAUAGCUGAGAAGAUUGCUACCAAUCUUCUGUCAUUAUACCUGCAAUAACUAUCAUUUAUAAUUGUUCAGUCAUGUUUCUGGCCAUUCACUGGCUUUUAGCUCUGUUUUUGGUCUCCACCAACUCCUGAGGGCAAUAUCUUACACUGCUCGAUGCUCGACUAUGUUCACCAGCUAGUUGCUAAUCUUGCCUCUCCGCUGAUCGGUGCUGGGCCAACCCAUUCUCACUCCCAAUGCCUCAAAAACAGCAGCUUGAUCAGUGGCCCUCGCCACAGAGGCUACCUUUAGCGUGUUUGCGAUGCACUGGGCUUGGAACUAAGUCCAAUGCAAACACAACCAUGUCGCUGAAAAAGCUCCGUAAAGCUGAGUGGAGCAGCAGAGUUGCUCAACGUCUCCCUACCUCCUGAACGGUGUUGUGAGGUGAUAACAGGACAGAGGUCGGGUAAAUGCAGCAGACCUCAUCCAGAUGUUUCUCCAGAGUCUGAACAGAACAACACAAAAUGAUUGAACGUGUGUAUGCAUUUUCUAACAGAUGCAUGCUUGUCAUGCCGCAGCAUUCAGUAGCAUUUGAGGAAGUAUGAUUUACAAUUGUGUUGUACUGUCCUGAAUGUGUUCAUACUUGCUCUACUCUUGGACAUUGCUACCAUCUGUUUUUCAAAAGCAGCUCUAUUUUUCUAACACUAUAAUGCUUUAAAACGGAUGUCAGGUGUCAUAAGAUGAGCUUUUACGUCAGCCAGCGGAAUGUAAAGACAUGACCUGCCUUUUAAACAGCAUCAGACAAUGCACUCCUCUACCU